AUGGACCAGCAACCCGCUCAGCCGACGGUCUUGCCCGAGCUGUCUUCCGCUUUGUUCGGUUCUGAAAGCACCUUGAGUCCCCCCUUGAACCUCUCAGUCGGAUCUCCGGGUACGAGAUUGGAUGAUGCUACUGAGACUGAGGCGAGCCAGUCCCCGUCGGAGGUCCUUCUUACUCUUCUCAAGGAUGCACUGGCAAAAGCCAUCAACAUCUCUGCCUCGGUGACUGAGACCAGCACUCAAGCGCAGACUCUGUUCAGAUUCACCGGGUCCCUCGCGCCGGCGACUCCCUUCGCGGCCACUUCGAGUUCACAAUCAUUCCCCCUUUCGCAGCCCAACACGCUUGUUUCCUAUGGCUCGGGGCCUCGCCUAGCAAAGCGGUCUGGCCAGCCUGAUCUGGGCGCAGAAAUCUUUCCGAUUCUGAGCCCUGUCUCCGGGGUGGUAGCUCAUUUCGCGGUCGUUGAUGUCAACGCCACAGCUAAGCUUGUCAGUUCCGUGCUCAGCGCGUUAUCAAUCGGCACUUCUACAGUUGACAAGGUGCUGCUUGAGGUGGCGAGCCAAACGUCUACCAAGCUGGAACAAGUCCUGCCGUUGGUCAUUCCUGCAGUAUCAAGCCUCCUUGAUCAGCAUAUUGACGACAGCCCUUUACGAGACGACAUCAAUGCCACUGCCGUUUGUCAAGACGUUGUCCAAAAUGGAAUCGCCAUCAUCAACCAGAUUGCGCGAACCACGACGUAUCCCAUGGAUGCUCGACUCCAAGCCGUGACGGACUCGAUUGACGUAAUUGUCCGUUCCGCCUCUCGUGCCAAUGACCUGAUAUGCAUUAUCAAGGCCGCGGUCGAAGGCGUCACGGAGGAGUCGGUUGUGCCUUGCGCGGAUACUUCUCGUGGAGUUCCCGCCGGCAACGUCGUCACGCUGAAUGCGAUGUCAACUGCUCCCGGCGCAGCCACAUCCGAUCCGUUAUCCUGGAUUGCGCUUGCAGUCGGCAGUCCUCUUGUGGAUUAUUCAAUCUCCAUCCCGCUGCCGACUGAAUCAACGGCACUCCCAACGUCAAGCCUCCCUCCAUACGGACCCGGACAACCGCAGACUACCGCAGCCCAAGACACUGCUUCUUGCGAAGAAUCUACUAUUUUAGGUAUGUCCACGGCAUCUCCCAGUUCGUCAGGCUGCCCGCCAGUUUUGCCGUGCCCGACAUGUCCUUCUUGCAACGACUGCCCCUGCCGUCAAUGCUCACCAUCGCCGUCGUGCUCGACCGCAACACCAAGCGACCCGAAACAAAUUGGGCCGUGCCCCGAGCGCGGAUUUCAUUGCUCCGAUUGCCUCAAUGGAUGGUUUUGCCCUCCACAGGAGACCCCCGCCCAACCUGUUCCCUGCGGACUAGGAUGGCCCUGUUAUCACUGCAAGUCUAGGUGGUUUUGCGCCCAGGACAUCCCAGCUUCGCCAACUCUGCCGCUACCAGCUGGAACAGCCUCGUCGGCAGGAGCAGUCACGACACCAAGCAGCUUGCUCACGCCAGCAUCAGACACUGCCCCUCCAGCAUCGAAUUCACUCCAAAGCUGGCAAUACGUCGGGUGUUUCCACGAUGCCAUCAACCGUACGCUGGCUGGCUCGAAGCCUCUGGAUUACCUACGGGGAGACAUGUCGAACUCCACUUGCAUUGACCAUUGCAAGUCGAGAGGCUACACGUUUGCUGGCACAGAAUGCGGCAAGGAAUGCUGGUGUGGAUCGAGCAUUCGCGAUGACGCUGUUAGACUACCUGACUCUUCCUGUGGCAGUCCAUGCCAAGGGGCAGGCGGCCAGUUCUGCGGCGGAGAUUGGGCAAUCUCUGUCUUUACAUGCUCCGAUGCCUCUGGACCAGCAUCAGGAAAUACACCUGCAGAGAAAUCCUGUUCGACUCCGCCAGCAACGUCGGAACCAGCGCCAUCAACUUCGGAGUCCACACCAGCGGCAUACGAGCCACCCGAAACGUUAAUCACACAAAACUCUGCAGAAACCUCUGCCGAAACUUAUAGACCUCUGCUUUAG